AUGUCCAAGUUCGAUCGGCGAAAUCAGGCCAAGCAGGCUCGCUUAUCCAAGCACAGAGAACACCUCAAGGAGACUUCGAUAUUUUCCGGAAAGGAUGGUGCCCCAAGAGUUGUUGCUGUUGUCCCUCUCUGCGCUGAUGGCGACGCCAAAAACGCCGUGAAACAACUGAACGGGAGCCUCGACAUCGACACCGAGGUUCAAGAUGGACCGUUUCGAGUGUCAGUCGACCGAUUCAAGCAGAAGCUUCAGUACAUCCCCCUCCGUCGUGAACUCAAUGCCUGCCUAGACGCUGCCCGGGUUGCUGAUUUCGUCGUUGUGAUUCUGUCCGCCAACGAGGAAGUGGACGCGCUUGGAGAAUUGAUCCUGCGAAGUAUCGAGAGUCAGGGCAUGUCAACCCUGUUCACCUCGGUGCAGGGCCUCGACAAGGUCGAGCCGGCCAAACAGCGCCAAUCCACCGUAGCGUCUCUCAAGUCGUUUAUUACGCAUUUCCACCCGGAACAGGACAAGCUGUACAGCCUGGAUAGCAGACAAGAAUGCUCCAACUUGAUGCGAUCUCUCUGCAACACGACGCCCAAAGGUGUCCGCUGGAGGGAUGACAGAAGUUGGAUUCUGGCGGAGGACAUAAAGUUUGCCGCCUGCGAAUCGGAGCCCACCGUCCUCACUGGCGUCGUUCGAGGGCGAGGCUUGAAUGCCGACAGACUGGUACAGAUCUGCGACUGGGGCACGUAUCAAAUUGAAAAGAUUGUGGCGGCUCCCCUGCCAAGGCAUGCCAAAAGGGGCGAGGAAAUGGCCGUCGGGGACGAAGCUGAUGAAGUGUUGGAGGUGCCCUCCGAGGAUCGGGACGACCUGCACCACCUCGCCCCCGAGGAUGUGGUCAUGGCCGCCGAGGAUGAUUCUGAGAUGACUGCGGCCCCUGCGCCCAAGAAGGGCGUUUUGCUCGACGAGCACCACUACUUUUCCGACGACGACGCCGAAGAAAGGAAGAUCAAGAAGAGGGUGCCCAAAGGGACGUCCAGCUACCAAUCAGCCUGGUACCUGGACGACGUUUCCGACUCGGGCUCCGACAUGGAAGACAUGGAAAUGGACGACCAGAAGGAAGAAGACGAGGAGAUCGGCGCGGAAGACGGCGUCGAGGGGUGCGCCCAGGCCGCCGAGCCGACAGACCCCGGGCCUUCUGAAUACCCACAGUCGGAAAUGAUGGACAUCCCAGACGACGCCGAGGAUGCGCAGCAACUGGCUCAGUAUCGCGCCCGCAAGCGCGACGAAGCCGAGGACGACAGGGAAUUCCCCGACGAAAUCGAGCUGCACCCCCACGUCCUCGCCCGCGAGAGACUGGCCCGGUACAGAGGUCUCAAGAGCCUCCGCACAAGUCCGUGGCAAGAAGACGAAGACCGCGCCCACGAGCCCGAGGAAUGGAGACGCCUCCUCCAAGUGCCCGACUACAACUCGUCCCGGUCCCGCGCCGUCCGCGAAGCUCUCGUCGGCGGCGUCGCCCCCGGCACCCGCGUCCACGUCCACAUCAAGGGUGUCGCGGCAGACGUUGCCAGAUCACACGAGCCCGGCUCGCCCGUGACGCUCUUCUCGCUCCUCCGCCACGAGAACAAGACGACGAGCCUCAACUACCUGUUCAGCCUCAGCAACGACUACGGCAAGUCCAUCAAGUCCAAGGAGGAGCUGAUUGUGCAAUGUGGACCGCGACGCAUGGCCGUCAAGCCCAUCUUUUCCAACCCGGGCUCCACGCCAAACGACGUCCACAAGUUCUGCCGCUACGUGCACCCGGGCCAGUCGGUCAUUGCAUCCUUCAUGGGACCCAUGACCUGGGGCGCCGUGCCCGUCGUCUUCUUCAAGAGAUGCGCCCCCGCGCCUGCCGGCGCCAAUGGCGACGAGGACAUUGGUCUUAGUCUCAUCGGCACAGGCACGGCCCUGCCGCCGUCGACAUCCCGAGUCGUCGCCAAGAGGGCCAUACUGACGGGCCACCCGUACCACAUCCACAAGAAGAUGGUCACGGUGCGGUACAUGUUCUUCAGCCGCGAGGACGUGGAGUGGUUCAAGGCCCUGCCGCUGUGGACGAGAAGAGGACGGACGGGCUUCGUCAAGGAGCCGCUGGGCACGCAUGGCUACUUCAAGGCCACGUUUGACGGGAGGAUCAAUCCCCAGGAUGCCGUGGGCGUGAGCUUGUACAAGCGCGUGUGGCCGCGGGCCUCGAAGCCCGUCCGGGAGCCGUUGCUGCAAGGUCCCGCUGCUGCUGCUGCUGCUGCUGGAGCUGGAGCUGGAGCUGGAGCUGCCGGGCAAGGCCAGAACGAGGAUGUCACGAUGGAAUGA